AACAGUAAGUCUCAGCAAACAGAGAGAUUCGUAACAUGGUCUGAAAUGAUUUUGCGGUGGUGUAAAAGCAUUGGACGGGGAUGCUGAAGUACUUUCAAAUGAAUUUGUAAUCAUAGAGAAAUGGUCACUCGGGAGAGGGGUGCUGGGUCAGAAACUGAGCAACAUCAAUCACAAUGAAAGAUUUUGUUCUAUCAUUGCUGAGUCGUGGAUACGGUCAAAUUGUACCAGAUGAAAAUGGCCAUGAUGGAAGACUGGAGGUCUGUUUUGAACCAGAGGACUACUUUAACUGGAAAUCCCAUCCUCCAUUGCUUCGUCUUACCAGCAGUGGCCAUUUUCUUGGACAUGUGGAGCCGGCUCCACCAAAGACCUAUAGUACAAGAAGAGGACCUCUUAUUCUCUAUUCCGAGGAUCUUGCCUUGUCAUACCAACCUGGUACGGUUAACAGGAAGAGAAAGGCUCCUAGCGGCUCAAAACAUGAAGUAGAUUAUCAUCUGCACACAUUGCAGGACCUGACGGGAGCUAUUCUGGCUUAUGGAAAAAAGCAGUCAAAAGCUGGAUCUCUUGCUGGUGUAACACACCCCUUAAUACCAGAUACUAAACAUGCCAACAAGCUCAGCCACAUGCAUGGGAAAACUGAAGAGAAGCAUAAUCAAAGCAAAGUAGAGAAAGGUGAACAGGUCAGAUACCAGCCAUGUUUUCUCUGUUCCCCUCGACCCAACAGGGCUGCCCUGGGCCCUCUACCACCAAUAACAAAAGGUCUGGUACACACAGAAAGUCUGAAGAAACCUCACCUGGUUCCAGAAGAGAGAGGUGAACAGGUCAGAUACCAGGCACAUUCCCUCUUUUCUCCUCGGAUCAACAGGGUCAACCGUGACCCUCUACCCCCCAUAACGGAGGGUUUGGUACAUAUAGACCGCCAGGAGAAAUCUCAGGCAUCAGAUGAACAAAUAACCUUUAAGACGAAAAGCCAGAAGCAGCCAAACGUGAAGAUAAGACGGAGUCUCGGGACAGAGGCUGACACAUGCAGAGCUCCCAUGAGUCCAAUCUCUGAGACAAAAGCUGCACAGGCAGAACCUGCAGAUCAGACAAAGGAUCAAACAAUUCUCCCACAUUUGACUGACCAUCCUAAAGAUCCUAACGGUCAUGAGAAACACAGACUGAUGAAGAAUAUGAGUGGUGUUGGAGAGAUGUGCACUCUGAGGUCAGUGUAUGUGGACUCGUCUUUGGAUAGCUGCCCACUCUCACGCCUCAACUACUAUGGUGGACACAUGGAGGGAUUUCGCCAGAUCAGACGUUGUGGAGGUGAGACUAAAGUGAGGAGAGUGACCACAGAAACAGAUCCCAGCCUCACCACCUCUUACUUACCUCCCAUUAACCCACCAGUCGACUCUAACAUCAGCACUUUGAGUAAACCAAAAAUAAAUGAUAUGGGGAGCUGUGAAGAUUCACCAGAACUGAAAGUGAAUCUCCCUGACAUCACACCCGGUACAACAUAUGUUAACCACCCAGAAAAAAGUGUGCACACGAAAGUCCUGCUCCUUCUGCCUCCACAAAAAGAACACCUACAGCCCCCUGCGCAACACGAUGAACUACAUGAGACCCUCAUUGAAGACAAUAAGUCUUGUGGUGACAUGGAGCUUACAGAAGAGCUCCCUGAAAGAAGACAGGACCCUCUCUCUGACAGCACAUGCAGAAUUAUAGAGAUGGAUCUAGGGCAUGUUGCUUGGUCCAGUGCUCUUGAAAAAAGAGAUCAACAGCCCCCCAUAGGUCCACUGCCUCCCCUGGUGGGCCGGAGGGGUCCAGGUAAACAGAGCUCCAUGGCCGUCUACAGUCAGAACCUUCAUGACCCCACAGACACGACAGAACCACAGACAGGAAACAUCAGAGGCUGUCUCCCUCCGGAGCUCAGAGAAAGGCAGACAGGCGAAGCAGUAGGCACCUUAAUAAUGGGUCCUGAUGGUGAAAUCAUACGCUUGUCUCUCUGGGAUCCUGCGGUUGACACUGAGGACCACCCAAUAAUGGGUGAUGUCACUCAAGGCCACGUACUCAAGGUUGUGACUUCUGAAGAAGACCUAAAACAGCCAUGGACUAUUCUUAUACAAGACCAUACAAGAAACAAAGGGGACAACACCACACAUAAUACAGAAGCAACUACUUCUGACAAGGAGCAGUUAGAGUCUACUCAUGAGGUGUUUAACGUCAAUAAACCUGCAGAGCGGAUUAAAGUCAAGAGAAUUGAGAAACUUUUGGGAUCAUACAACGUUGUAAAGACACGGACCACCACUCAGGAGGAGGAGCAGGAUGAGGAAGAGGAGGAAGAUGAAGAUGAGGACCAGGAUGAGGAAGACGAGGAACAGGAGGAAGAUGAGGAGGAAUAUUUAGGCUCUGAUAAUGAAGUCUGUGACAAGGCACAGGUGUUUUUGGUGUAUGCUCAUGCAAAUAACGCAGAGGACGAUGAGAAUUAUUUUGGUUCUUCUGACAAUGCAGUAAAUCAGGAGACACAGAUGUUUAAGAUCAGUUCUCGAACCAGACAGACUAAGGCCAAGAGGAAGAAACAUUUAGGCCCUGACACAGAAAUAAUUCAGAAGGAACAGGGGUUUAGAGUCAAUCCCAAAACAAAAAAGACUAAUGCCAAAAGGAAUGAUAAUGAUUUAGGCCCAGACAAUGAAAGAAUUCAGGAGGGACAGAACGAUUCCCAUGUCAAGCAAACUUAUCCCAAGAGGAAAGUUUAUUUAAGCUCUGGCAAUGAAAUAAAUCAGAAUGAAGAGGUCUAUUUACCUGAGGAGACAAUAGAGGAACAAAGUCACUCUAUUACUCAUCGGCCCGGCAGACGAGGGGAGGGGACCACUGCAGUGCAAAGAAAGACAACAACUUUACAGCUGGAAACAGAGGUGACACUUGGGUCAAGGAAGUCCAAAGGUGCAGCCCCGGCUAUCAGCCAAAAAUCAACACAAUUCACUCCCACAACGGAUACACCAGGGGAAUCUCUCUCUACUCAUGGACAGGCAGAAAUCCAGACAGGAUUACCAGUGAGGGCACCCAAGGGUCAUUCUAAGAAUGCAGUUGAGACAGAAGACGCAGAAUACAAACUGCUGGAGAACGUAAAGAAACAUAAAAAGAUAAAAAAGCAAACUGGCAAACCAAAGAGGAAGACUGUUCAAAUUGAUAAAGAUGAUGAAACGCAGAAUAGCAGGCCUUUCAACGACACCUCUGCAACCUCAAAGCCAAAGAAAAAGAAAAAUAAGGAAAUGACUGAGGAAGAGAAGGUAGAGCUUACAGAAUCACAGGACCCAAAAGUUAAGGCUAAAAAGAAGAAAAAAAGUCAACCAGCCUUUGUUGUAGGAAAACCUCGGCCACAAGAAGCUGAACGGAUAGCAAAUCAAGUGGAUAAGCCUGAGAGAGAGACCUAUGAGAGAGAGGUUUCACCCUACAACACAGAGGAUGAUGAACUGGACAACAGUGUUUCACAAGAGCACAACUACACUGAAACUGGGGAUGACACGGAUGCUGACUCGGUCUGUACAGAGAUGCAAGAAGCACAAGACUCUCCCAGAUCAGUUUACAGCACCCACAGAUCCCAGUACUCACAGCUUACAGCACAGUCACAUCCCAGCACACACAGACCCUCACAGAGCAGGACAACCUCAGUGGGAACAGUUGCCCAAUGUGGCCCAUGCAGUCCAGCACCCCUGUCCCUUAUCCACUUACCACCUCAGUUAGCACAACAUCCUACCUCAGACCCCCUCAAAUCUGAGUCAAGCAACAAGGUUAAAAUCAGUGAGGAUCCCAAUCUAAAAAACCAAACAGACACAAAAGCUGCAGCACUGGCUGAAAAAGCCGAGCGGCGGCGGCUGGAGGUGGAGAGAAAACGGAGGGAGAAAGAGGAAGAAAAGAAGAGAGAGCAAGAAAAAGAGGCAAUAGAAGAGAGGAUGAGAAUGGAACUGGAAGAAGAAAAGAACAGGAGAGCAGAGGAAACAAGGUUACGAAAGAUUAGAGAAGAGGAGGAGAGACUGAGGAGACAAGAGGAGGAGACGGAGAGACAGAGGAGAGAACAGGCAGAGAAGAAGAGAGAAAGAAGGCAACAAGAAGAGAAGAGGAGGCUGCUUGAACGGCUUCAGAGAGAACGACAGGAAGAGGAGAAACGAAAGGCUGCUGAACUGGAACGUCAGCGUUUGGAGGAGGAAGCUUGGAGAGAGGAGGAACGCAUUAAAAUGUCACAGAUGCAGGAGGAAGAGAGACUGGAGUACCUGCGCAGACGGCAGGAGGAAGAGGAGGAGAGGAGGAAGGAUGCUGAGGAAAGAAGGAGGAAGGAUGAGGAAGCAGCAAGGCGAGCUGAAGAGGAGGCUAGAUUGCAGGCUGAACUGUUUGCCAGGCAGAGGGCAGCACUGGAGGAGCAAUUAAAGUUUCACAGAGGUCUUUUUGUGGAGGCUGAAGGGCUUGAGCAGACACAGGAUAUUUCUCGUCCUUGGGUUUUCUCCUAUUUCACUUUGUUGAAGAUGCUUGGCUUAGCCGAGUCCUCGUGAGGACACACAUCCAGAUGUAUUCAUGUAAAUCACAGAUUUCAUUACCCAACAUUUCCAACCAUUGUUCCUCUUACUGUAUGUGCUUUUAAUGUGCAAUAGUUUGGGCUCUUCACAUAAGGUCAUUUGUGUCAACCUCUUCAGCAUGUCUUCAACAGCACUUACGUUGCUCAUAAAAAUCUUAUUUUGCUUAUUGCUUUGAAAUUAAAUAUUGUAGGUUUUCAAUUCUAAGAAUAAUUGAAUGUUAAAUAAAUAGCCUACCAGGAGAACAUACUAGGCCUGUAAACAACAAAGCUGGAACCAAUGUGGUUACAGAUUUCGCAUUUAAAGUGGUUGGCCCAUUACAACAAAGGACAUUUAUUCAGACCUUUGUAAAAUGCCAAAAUGGCUUGUUUUAGUGCAAUAAUACUGACUAACAUUAUGAGUGGAUAUUUACUUAAAAAAUAUUAAAUAAUGUGAUAUUGUUUCUCUAGUUAAUAAAAGGAUAAAGAAUAAGAUCCAUAUCUGGAGCUACGGCGUGUGAAACGUUUUCUUUCAUAAUAAAUAAAGUAUUGCAUGACAUAAUGACAAAGAUUUAAGGCCGACUGAUACAACUACACAUUAUCAGACUAACUAUAAGAAAGAAUCUUCACCUGUCCCCAACAACAACUAACUUGAGUUCACUGGUGGUUCACACAACAUUUUGUUAAACAUAUUUGUGAAGUGUUUACUAUUUAUAUCUUUCUCGCACAACUACAAUCCAUCAUUUAUAUAUAAGAUAUAGACAGUUUCAGCAGUAACAACAUAAACAAAAAACUUUCGUGGAAAUAACGUAACUUCCGGUAAACUUCCACAAAUAAUCCAUAACAACAGAGUCCUUUUUUUUUUUAAAACAAGCCAAAUAAAGUAAUUUACCUUAGUUCAAAUCAUAGCUAAAACGUAUUAAAAACGACAUUGUAUACAUUAAUUUUAGAGACCGGAAGUUAAGUUCUGUUCGCGAAAGCUCGUGUGUCCCCGAUGAAACGGUCUAUAGGAAUAUAUAAGAUAUCCUAUCUCUAUGUUAGUCAUAUGAACUUUUUACACAUUAGGUUUCUAUUCAAGGGAUAAAGUCUAGAACACACAGGACAGGUAAAGUAAAAUUCU